GCCGCCGGGCGGAGCGGGCUCCGAGCCCGGGUCUCCGCGGCUCGGGUCCGGCUGGCGGGGGCGGCGAUGUUCCACUGCAUACCCCUGUGGCGGUGCAACCGUCAUGUGGAGACCAUCGACAAGCGCCACUGCUCGCUCGUCUACGUCCCGGAGGAGAUCUACCGCUACGCCCGCAGCCUGGAGGAGCUGCUGCUGGACGCCAAUCAGCUCCGCGAGCUGCCCGAGCAAUUUUUCCAGCUAGUCAAAUUAAGAAAGCUUGGACUUAGUGAUAAUGAAAUUCAGCGGCUCCCUCCAGAAAUAGCAAACUUCAUGCAACUGGUAGAACUUGAUGUGUCCCGGAAUGAUAUUCCUGAAAUUCCAGAAAGCAUCUCAUUCUGUAAAGCACUACAGAUAGCUGACUUCAGUGGCAACCCACUGACCAGGUAACCUGUCUGCCUGCCAGAGUUGCAGAAUUGCCACUGCCUGUCAAGAAUCUUGGGAAUUUUCCUUAUACCAUUUCCUCUGUUCAUUUCUAGUCUUUAUAACCUGGCUUCACUGGAACUGAGAGAGAAUCUUCUUACAUAUCUUCCUGACUCUCUUACCCAACUCCGGAGACUUGAAGAACUUGAUUUAGGAAACAAUGAAAUAUAUAAUUUGCCAGAAUCAAUUGGCGCUCUCUUACAUUUGAAGGAUCUCUGGUUGGAUGGAAAUCAGCUGUCAGAAUUACCUCAGGAAAUAGGAAAUCUGAAAAGCCUGUUGUGCCUAGAUGUCUCCGAAAACAGGUUGGAAAGACUUCCUGAAGAAAUCAGUGGCCUGGCUUCAUUAACGGACUUAGUUAUUUCUCAGAACUUACUAGAAGUGAUUCCGGAUGGCAUUGGAAAACUAAAGAAACUGUCGAUCUUAAAGGUGGAUCAGAACAGACUCACACAGUUGCCUGAAGCAGUUGGGGACUGUGAAAGCCUCACUGAAUUAGUUCUUACAGAAAACCAGCUCCUGACCUUACCUAAGAGCAUUGGAAAACUUAAGAAGUUGAGCAACUUGAAUGCAGACAGAAAUAAAUUGGUGUCACUACCAAAAGAGAUUGGCGGGUGCUGCAGCCUCACUGUGUUCUGUGUGCGUGACAAUAGACUGACUCGGAUACCUGCAGAAGUGUCACAAGCAACAGAGCUUCACGUCCUGGAUGUAGCAGGGAACAGGUUGCUACAUCUGCCUCUUUCCCUGACCACCUUGAAGUUGAAGGCACUAUGGUUAUCUGACAACCAGUCCCAGCCUCUGCUCACGUUCCAGACAGACACAGACCGUACUACGGGAGAGAAGAUUUUAACGUGUGUCUUGCUUCCUCAGCUGCCUUCUGAACCGAGCUGCCAAGAGAACCUGCCUCGUUGUGGAGCACUGGAGAACUUGGUGAACGAUGUCUCCGACGAGGCCUGGAGUGAGCGUGCCGUAAACAGAGUCAGUGCAAUCCGAUUUUUGGAAGAUGAAAAAGAUGAAGAAGACAAUGAAACGAGAACACUUCUGAGGCGAGCUACUCCACACCCCGGGGAGCUAAAGAACAUGAAAAAGACAGUGGAGAAUUUGCGCAAUGACAUGAAUGCUGCUAAAGGACUGGAUUCCAACAAAAACGAGGUCAACCAUGCCAUUGACCGAGUAACCACUUCUGUGUAGAAUUCACCUCCAAGUUUUACCUCCUGUGUCUUCCCCUGCUGUUGAGAUGGUCCCGUCUGCUUCUGAGGAGCCUCAGGCAGUCCUUCCUCUUGGCCAGAACCUGCAAGUCACUGCCUCUGUGGCAUGUGGGAUGCUGCUCUCUCCAAGGAAGUGCCUUACUCUACUCCGUCAGCCAGUCACCACCCCAGUGCUCUCCCAGCGGCGUGUUUUUUUUUUUUUCUUUUAAAAUAUUAGUUGUUUGUGAGAAGUAGAAUACACUACUGUAAACAUCUGACCUUUGUUUUUUUGUCUUACGUUGGCGUCAGGGAGCGCAGGAAGGGGAAAGUUUAUCUUCCUCCUUCCCAUAAAGUGCUGGGACAUUUUGAACCCAAGUUCUCUUGGGCCUACUGAUGAGAGAUAGUUUUAUGUAUUGGGAAAAAAUUGAUACUUUUUUAAACCCUUUUUGGCAGCUCAGAUGGUGUAAAUUUAAAAAUUUUGUAUAGGUAUUUCAUAACAAAAUAUAUGUAUUUCUUUUUUGUUGUUGUUAUUUUAUCUUGAGAACGGUACAUAUCUUAGUACUCGUGCAGAACCAAGUCCUAAAGUAUUUGUUUUUAUUUGUAACAUCCACUUGUGCCUUACUGUAUUCUGUGUCAUGUCAAAUAAUUGUGGACAAUAGCAUCCUUGAGCAGUGAGAGGAGACUAGGAAUGUGGUAUUUUUCAAGCAGUGUUGGAUUUUAAUCAGUAAUCUACCUGUCGCAUUUGUUUUUAACCAAAAAGAAGAGUUAUCACUGAUUUGUAAGUUGUAUUGAUUGGUUUUUUAAAAAAACAAAAAA